CACGUAAUGUUUUUAUUUGAGAACUGUCAAAAUCAUACAAAAUAACUAUAAUUUCAUUAUACUAGACCUAGAUUUCAACAAGAUUAAAAAUUAAACAGAUUUUAAUAAAAAAAUAUUACUGAGUAGUAAUUUUCCUAAACUACAACAAAGACAAAAGAAAACACAAUGGCAGAUGCCGGACAAUGGUUUAAACAAUUACCCCGUUUCACCAGAUACUGGCUGGCGGCUACAGUGUCCAUGAGCUUAUUAGCUCGUUUUGGUAUAUUGCCCUCCUAUCAGAUGUAUUUAUCACGAGAACUAGUACUAAGCAAAUUACAUCUGUGGAGAUGUAUCACGAGUCUUUUCGUUUACCCACUAACACCGUCAACGGGUUUUCAUUUUCUCAUCAAUUGCUAUUUUAUUACACAGUAUAGUGCUCGCUUGGAGAAAGAUCAAUUUGGUCGUAGUCCGGCCGAUUAUCUAUUCUUGCAAUUGGUUGUAGCAUCGUUGGCCGUAAUUGGCGGUUUACUCUUCAAUGUACCGUUUCUUAUGGAUCUCUUAGUGGUGGCCGUCACCUACAUAUGGUGUCAGCUUAAUAAGGAAGUUAUUGUAAACUUUUGGUUUGGCAGUCGUUUUAAGGCGAUCUAUUUACCAUGGGUUUUAGCUGGUAUGGAGCUGAUAUUCCAAGGUUCCAUAGCUUCUCUUAUUGGCAUUUUCAUUGGACACUUUUACUAUUUCCUCAAGUUCCAAUAUCCUCAAGAAUUAGGUGGCAAUGCUUUCCUGGAAACACCCUUCAUACUCAAACAAUAUGUACCCGAUAUAAGUGGUGGUAUUAGCUACUUUGGUGUACCACCAGCCUCCAGAGCAGAACAAAGACCUGGUGGUGGUGCUGCCGCUGCUGCUGGUAUUUGGGGUCGUGGCAAUACUUUGGGCCGUUAAAAUUGUAUCUAAACUAACACCUCUCAUUCCCUAGCAAACUUAUUGAAUAUUUUUUUGUAUAGUAAAUGAAAAAUAACAAAUAUUUUUAUAAAUUGUACUGAAUUUCGAAAUUGUUUUCUUCAUCACGCAUACUCACAUAGUGUCACUCGGUGUCUCUUUUACAUUAUGUAAUUUUAUGUAAAACCCCUAAUGUUUUUUAUACUAAAAUAUAAACCGGGAACUAAUAUUAUAAAAACAGGAAUCAUAUGUUUAAGGUGAAAAGGUUGAAUACUAAAGCGAGCUGAUAAUUAGUUUAAUUUAUAUGUAAAAUAAAGAAAAUAUUUAAAAGAAAA